GCCCGCGGGACGGACCGUGCGCGCGCCACCGUCGGGGGCUGCAGCCGCUCGGCCGGGGGCAGGGGCCGGUCCCCGCGACGGUCCGCACCGGACAGAUCCCUGGAUGAGAAGCAGCUGACCCCAGCUGAGCCCCACCUUCUCUGCGUGCUGGGCAGCCGGGCGCUGCCACCCAGGUGGCCCCAAUGCCGAAGAACAGCAAGGUGACCCAGCGUGAGCACAGCAACGAGCAUGUCACGGAGUCGGUGGCCGACCUGCUGGCCCUGGAGGAGCCCGUGGACUACAAGCAGAGCGUCCUGAACAUGGCGGGCGAGGGGGGUGGUAAGCAGAAGGCAGCGGACGAGGAGCUGGACGCUGAGGACCGGCCGGCUUGGAAUAGCAAGCUGCAGUACAUCCUGGCCCAGAUCGGCUUCUCGGUGGGCCUCGGCAACAUCUGGAGGUUCCCCUACCUGUGCCAGAAAAAUGGAGGAGGUGCCUACCUGGUGCCCUACCUGGUGCUGCUGAUCAUCAUUGGCAUCCCGCUCUUCUUCCUGGAGCUGGCCGUGGGCCAGAGGAUCCGCCGCGGCAGCAUCGGCGUGUGGCACUACGUGUGCCCGCGCCUGGGGGGCAUCGGCUUCUCCAGCUGCAUAGUCUGCCUCUUUGUUGGACUCUACUACAACGUGAUCAUCGGCUGGAGCAUCUUCUAUUUCUUCAAGUCCUUCCAGUACCCACUGCCCUGGAGUGAAUGUCCCGUGGUCCGGAACGGGACCACAGCAGUGGUGGAGGCCGAGUGUGAGAAGAGCUCGGCCACGACCUACUUCUGGUACCGUGAGGCCCUGGACAUCUCCAACUCCAUCUCUGAGAGCGGCGGCCUCAACUGGAAGAUGACGCUGUGCCUCCUUGUGGCCUGGGCCAUCGUGGGCAUGGCCGUGGUCAAGGGCAUCCAGUCUUCGGGGAAGGUGAUGUAUUUCAGCUCCCUCUUCCCCUAUGUGGUCCUGGCCUGCUUCCUAGUCCGUGGGCUGCUGCUGCGAGGGGCGGUGGACGGCAUCCUGCAUAUGUUCACUCCCAAGCUGGACAAGAUGCUGGACCCCCAGGUGUGGCGUGAAGCUGCUACCCAGGUCUUCUUUGCCCUGGGACUGGGCUUCGGGGGCGUCAUCGCCUUCUCCAGCUACAACAAGCAGGACAACAACUGCCACUUUGACGCUGCCCUGGUGUCGUUCAUCAACUUCUUCACCUCAGUGUUGGCCACCCUUGUGGUCUUUGCUGUGCUGGGCUUCAAGGCCAACAUCAUGAACGAGAAGUGUGUGGUCGAAAAUGCCGAGAAAAUCCUGGGGUACCUCAACAGCAAUGUCCUGAGUCGGGACCUCAUCCCUCCCCAUGUCAACUUCUCCCACCUGACCGCCAAGGACUACUCGGAGAUGUACAGGGUGAUCAUGACCGUGAAGGAGGACCAAUUCCCAGCCCUCGGCCUCGACGCCUGUCUGCUGGAGGAUGAACUGGACAAGUCCGUGCAGGGCACAGGCCUGGCCUUCAUCGCCUUCACCGAGGCCAUGACGCACUUCCCUGCCUCGCCCUUCUGGUCCGUCAUGUUCUUCCUGAUGCUCAUCAACCUGGGCCUGGGCAGCAUGAUCGGGACCAUGGCGGGCAUCACCACGCCCAUCAUCGACACCUUCAAGGUGCCCAAGGAGAUGUUCACAGUGGGCUGCUGUGUCUUUGCAUUCUUCGUGGGGCUGUUGUUCGUCCAGCGCUCCGGGAACUACUUUGUCACCAUGUUUGAUGACUACUCGGCCACCCUGCCUCUCACGGUCAUCGUCAUCCUCGAGAAUAUCGCCGUGGCCUGGAUCUAUGGGACCAAGAAGUUCAUGCAGGAGCUGACGGAGAUGCUGGGCUUCCGUCCCUAUCGCUUCUAUUUCUACAUGUGGAAGUUUGUGUCUCCGCUGUGCAUGGCUGUGCUCACCACGGCCAGCAUCAUCCAGCUGGGGGUCACGCCCCCCGGCUACAGCGCCUGGAUCAAGGAGGAGGCAGCCGAGCGCUACCUCUACUUCCCCAACUGGGCUAUGGCGCUGCUGAUCACCCUCAUCGUCCUGGCCACCCUGCCCAUUCCCGUGGUGUUCAUCCUGCGUCACUUCCACCUGCUGUCCGACGGCUCCAACACGCUGUCUGUGUCCUACAAGAAGGGCCGCAUGAUGAAGGACAUGUCCAACCUGGAGGAGAACGACGAGACCCGCUUCAUCCUGAGCAAGGUGCCCAGCGAGGUGCCCUCCCCCAUGCCCACCCACCGCUCCUACCUGGGCCCUGGCAGCGCCUCGCCCCUGGACAACAGCACCAACCCCAAUGGACGCUACGGGAGCGGCUACCUCCUGGCCAGCACCCCUGAGUCGGAGCUGUGACCCCCCCAGCCCACCUCACCCCAGCCCCCAGCCCCAACCAGCCAAGGCCAGGCCCUCUGCCCACCAUAGAGGGUCUCCCCUGGCUCAACCCCACCCCAGUCCUGGCCAUUUCUGCCUCCUAAACCAGAUUGGGGGGCCGGAGAAGCUCCACCCUCUAUUCCAGGGCCCCGCCCCAUCUAACCCUCUGAGAUCCUCUCACCAAAUCGCAUUUGAAGAACUUGGGGUGACCCCUGGGUCCCGAUUCCCAGCACAGGGGAGACCCUGAGUCGCCCGUGAAGGGUUACUCUGCUCUCCCCCCUCCAUAAUCUGCUAUCUGCAGUUCUUAGGUCUCGGGGCACCCUCUGUGCCACCAGGUGGUGGUGGCAGAGGCUCUGGGGCGGGGGUGGGGGCCCAGAGGCGGCCUGGCCUGACGCUGGGCUGGAUCUGGGCUUCUGUUUGUGCUCUGACUUGAGCAUAGGCCUUGCGAGUCCUGGCGGUGGCUAGCGAAGGGCUCCUCUGCCCCCCGUAUUUUCUUGCUUAGGGUGCUUGGGAUGUGCCCUCAAAUCCUGCCGGGGAGGGCCAGGACCCUCCCCACCUUCAUUAAGGCUUCGCAGUCUCCAUCCCGCCCCCUCCAUCUUAGAGCCCAGAAUGGGGGUCUCUGUCUCUUCCCUCCCGAGGAGGGUCCCAGAGCACUGGAGACGGUUCACAGCACAAUUCAGAUGAUUUGGAGCACAAAAUUGCAAAGCACAGCUCCUCUCCACAGCCCACCCUGACUUUCUAGCUAGUGGCAGCUGCUUCCCUGGAAAGGGGCCCCUGGAAUUCAGGAGCUCACCCACCCCCAGGAAGUUUUCCCCAGGUUCACACUGGGGCAAAACAUAUAAUGUCACUGCCCUUUGGGGCCUUUCCUUUCUUCGCACAAGCACAGCCUCCUGGUACACGGUCACUCUGAAAACCUUCCCACGCCUCCCUGGCCAUGGUGCAGGUAGGCCCCCGACAGGGCUGGGAUACCAGAGGCUGCAAGAGGAGAGGCUGGGUUUCUGCCCUGUAGCCAGUCCUGCGCAUCCCCUGAUCCUCCCACUGCCCAGGAACUGUCCGCAGUGGACAGAAUGGGAGUGUUAGAACCUGAGAGAGAAGAAA